CACGUGAAUGUUUAUUUCAAAAUUAUUGAAUGAAUAGUAAACAUGCAUACUUUAGCAAAUAAAAUUUCACUGUUCUUUCUUUAUAUCUAUAUAAUUUCCAUAACAUUGUUUCAUAUUUCUUCCGCAAGUGAUUCUCAGUGUUCACCAUUGAAAAAUUUGAAAUGGAAUAAAAACAAACAGAAAUGUGUUGAGUGUCCAAGUUGCAAUCCAGGUUUUUUCAGAAACUCACAGAGCCGUAUACAAGACGUACAGGCAAACAUGGUGCGGAAAGAUGUAUACGAUGCAGACCAUGUCCAGAGGGAAGGUAUUCCAGAAACGGAUACGGCGAAUGUUCCAGAUGUGUGGUAAAUUGUACAGAGCUUUACAGAGAAUUUGCUGAACCCUGCACUAAAGUCCGUGAUGCAAAAUGUGGUAGUUGUUUAAAUGGAUUUUAUGACAUGUUCAGAAACACACAGUUUCCCUGCGCACCGAAGCCGCAGAGGCGCAUAUUAAAACCACCGAAGAAACCUUCGAGCAAACCGCAAGAGCUCUCAAAUGAAGAUCUGAAACCUCCAGCCGGCAGUAAGAGCGAAGUAGAAGGUUCUUCGAAGGAGGAUGCAGACAAUGGAAUUAAUGAUCAUUCGAAGGAGAUAUCUAACUUGACAAUAGAACUGAUAGUUGCUGGGGUAGCUGGAUUCUUGCUUGUUUCAUCCUUGGUGGGAUUUGCAGUAUUUAAGAUCCAUAACAGAACUAGAAGAACUACACGAAUGGUUGGAAAUGACUUAAAUACACAAGGUACAAGUACAUACACAAUAGUGAAUCACUUGUCUUGUGACAAUGAUAUUGAAAUGGACACUUUUGCACAUAGUGAUGAAACUGGGACAAUCCAUCAUAACCCGAUACCCCAAACCGAACCAGCAGCUGUGCGAUCCGAGCUUCAGCCUUCUGUACAACCGGAUCAACCUUCGCAUCCAAGAGCAGAAUUAUCACAUCUGCCUUCAACAAACAACUUAGACGGGAUGAUUUAUAUUCAACUUUCUGGUGGAUCAAGAGACGUUUUCUGUUAUGAAAAGCAUAAAGACAUUUGCCGCUGCAGAAUUGACAAACAGUGUCAUUGUAAAUCGUAUGACUUUUUGGAAGAUAUUUGCAUUGAAAAGUCUGACCAAUAUGUUUUAGACGUUGCAGCUAGCAUAUGUCAUGAUCCAUGUACAUUAUUUUACAAUCUUGGUUUAGAAUAUUCUAUAAUAUAUCAGGAAAAUAACUCUAGAGACAGAGAUCCAGUGAAAAUUUCACAGAAAGAACUUGUGAUAAACUUACUGAAUAGAUGGAUAGAAGUUAAACCAACUCAGACUACAUUAAAACAGUUAUCUUUAGCUCUAUGCAAAGCUGAUUUUCAUGAUAUAAAUAGUAAACUUUAUGAUUUGUAUAUUCACUAUAACGAUAUAACUAUGCAUUGAUAUUAUUCAAUCUUUAUCGAUUAUAUAAAAAAGAACUUUAACAGUAAUAUUUGCAUUGCCUGUGACUGAGUACCAUCAUUUCGUUUCUUAUGAUAUUGUGUUUUUAAUGAUAUUACAAGCAUUGCAGUAGAUGUAACCAGUCGCAAAAAAUCGUAUAAAUCUUUA